GCGUUCCACCCUAGUCGGUGGUAUGUCGUCGUUGUUGUUGUUGUUGAUUAAAUAAUAAUACAAAAUAAAUCAACUCUUAAAAACCCACCAACAUUUUUGUUGUGCGUUCAGUUAGGUGUAACAAGUUCUACUAUACGAACAUGAUUGUGUUUUUAACAUUACUUGUCGGUGUCGUCACCGUUUCAUAUUUGUAUUUGCGUCACAAAUUGAAUUAUUGGCAAGACCGUGGCAUUCCAUGCCUGCCACCAUCGUUGUUGUACGGUAAUCUCGAUAGUGUCGGUCAGAAAGUCCACAAUACCAUCAACAUCCAGUUAGUGUACGAAAAUUUCAAAAUCGGGCAUAAAGUUUGUGGUUUCUAUCUGUUACAAACGCCGCGCCUCAUAAUCUUGGACUUAGAUUUGAUAAAGAACAUUAUGAUAAAGGAUUUCAACAAUUUCGUCGACCGAGGUGUGUACAACAAUGCCGAAGUGGAUCCAUUGUCCGGACACCUGUUUGCCAUCGAGGGGGAUAAAUGGCGUAACUUAAGAACUAAAUUGAGCUCUACGUUUACCAGCGGCAAGAUGAAAAUGAUGUAUCCGAUCAUACAGUCCUAUUCGCAAGGUCUGGUCGAUCUGGUGGAACGGCUAUCGACGAACGACCGAAACGGUUUCGAUAUAAAGAAUGUGUGCACACGAUUUACGGCCGAUGUGAUCGGUUCCUGUGGAUUCGGACUCGAAUGCGGUGCACUCAAGGACGAAAAUUCCGAAAUGCUGAGAAUGGGCGAAUUUUUCGAUAUUCGUGAUCCGUUGGUUCGGUUCAAUUUCUUCUUUGUCAACAUAUUCCCCAACUUUGCGAAACGGUUCAACAUGAAAAUCACGCCGAAGUUCAUCAUUGACUUCUUUAUGCCGAUGAUCAGGCAGACAUAUGAUUAUCGGAUGAACAACGACGUGAAUCGGAACGAUUUCAUGUCUUUGCUGAUCCAAAUCAUUAAGAAUGGAAAACUGAAUGAUGAUGAGGGUGUUAGUACAGGGAGCAUGACAUUCAACGAGUUGGCAGCACAAGCUUUCCUGUUUUUUGUGGCUGGAUUCGAGACUAGCAGCACGACCAUGACCUUUGCACUGUAUGAACUUGCGUAUCGAAAGGAAAUUCAAGAUAAACUGCGAAAGGAGGUCAUUGAGAUCGAGAAGAGGCACAACGGCGAAAUAACGUACGAAGCUAUCGCUGAAAUGACUUACUUGGAUCAAAUUGUUAAUGAAACUCUCCGCAUAUACACACCCAUCGGUCAACUAUUCCGGACAUGUAUCAAUGAUUACACAAUUCCUGACACAAAUAUCGUCAUUAACAGUGGAAUGUCAGUCAUUAUUCCGAUUCAUGCUAUCCAUCACGAUUCGAGAUAUUUUUACGAUCCCGAGGUGUUCAAUCCAGACCGAUUCAGUAACGAAGAACUUAGGAAGAGGCCGCAGUGCUCGUUUUUACCGUUCGGUGAUGGUCCACGCAAUUGCAUCGGAAUGAGAUUCGGUCAAAUGCAGGUCAAAUUGGGCAUCGCGACGAUGAUAAAAAAUUUCGAAUUUUCAUUCGACGAGAAUACGACCUAUCCCUUAUGGAUGGACACGAGAAAUAUUGUGGUUACAGCCAUGCAUCCGAUUCGGUUGAUUGCUAAGAAAAUUUGAAAUUUGGUUGACCCUCGGCCAGAGCUCGGAACCACAGAAUUAAUUAAGAGGAAAAGCGAAAUGUGUUGAGCAGAUGUGAUGGACCAGAUGCAAUGAGAUUAUUAAACGGAAGUUAAUUUUUCGGA